AUGUUUGACCAUCUUUUAGAGUGUUCUCUUAGAUUCCAUAUUAACCGCAAGACUGGUGAAAUUCUUCGUGCACAAAAGCGCGGUGUAAUGUCGAUCGUGACCAUUCUAUCUUCAGUUCUUUUCCAAAUUGCUCCAACUUUGGUUGAUAUUGGAAUAGCCGUUGGCUUUUUCACACUUGCCUUUGAUAGAUUAUUCGGGAUAAUUGUAUUUGUUACUAUGUCUCUAUACGUGGUUUCUACCAUCGUUCUGACUGAAUGGAGGACAGCAUAUCGAAGACGUGCAAACCUGCUAGAAAAUUUAAUGGAAGCGAAGGCCGUCGACUCGCUCUUAAAUUAUGAAACCGUUAAAUAUUAUGCGGCGGAACGAUUUGAAAGCGAACAAUAUGCACAAGCCGUCGACGACUAUCAGGAGGCGGACAAGAAAUCCAAUGGAACCACAUAUAUCCUCACUUUGGUGCAAAACGUCAUUAUCCAAGCUGGUCUUCUUGUGGGUGGCUUACUUUGUGCUUAUCAAGUUACUCAGGGAGAGAAAACCGUCGGAGACUUUGUAUUGUAUCUUGCAUACAUUCUCCAACUUUACCAACCCUUGAACAAUUUUGGCAGUUACUACAAAUCAAUUCAAAAAAAUCUCGUGGAUAUGGAAAAGAUGAUAGAUUUGAUGCAUGAACCGAUAGAAGUAAAUGACCCGCCAGACCCCAAGCCGCUUGUAGUACAGAAGGGAGAAGUAGAAUUCCGAAAUGUUACUUUUGCGUAUGAUGAGAGAAUCCCGAUCUUGAAAAAUGUGUCGUUUAAAGUACCAAGCGGUCGUACCGUUGCUAUAGUUGGACCGUCAGGAGGAGGCAAGUCAACUAUCUUGCGUCUACUGUUACGCUUUUAUGAUAUCCAAGAAGGUUCUAUCCUGAUAGAUGGAGUUGAUGUGAGGGACGUUAAGCAAUUCGAUCUAAGGAGUCAAAUUGGAGUUGUACCUCAGGUUGAUGCAAAUGACGAACAAAUUGCGGCUGCUGCUGUUGCAGCUAAAAUUCAUGAAAAGAUUCUUGGAUUUCCUGAUGGUUACGAGACCAAAGUAGGAGAGAGAGGGUUAAGACUGAGCGGAGGAGAGAAGCAGCGUGUGGCGAUUGCUAGGACAGUAUUAAAGAACCCACAAAUUGUGUUACUUGAUGAAGCGACAUCGGCACUUGAUACCAGUACAGAAAGACACAUACAAAAGUCACUACAGCAGAUGACUGUCAAUAGAACUACACUUAUAAUCGCACAUCGUCUCUCAACAAUCGUGCAUGCAGAUCUGAUAUUAGUUGUGAAGGCAGGAGAGAUUGUAGAACGAGGGUCCCAUGACGAACUUAUGCAAAUCGACAAUGGCGUGUAUUUCAAGUUGUGGAAUAAACAACUCAAGGAUAGAUUGAAAAUUAAGUCGAAGAUUAAACGCCUCGGUCGCACAACCAGCGUGCGUAGUAGGAAGAAUAGUCGUCGUUAUAAGGCUCCAGCUCAUGACCCAAUGUCUGCGAAUAUAGAAGAUAUACCGCCUCAACCAAACGUAGGGGGAUAUGUGCCGCCGCCUUUACCUGUUGCUCCGUCAGGGAGAUAUGUGCCGCCGCGAACGAGGACUGGAUCAGGGGAGAGAAAUGUGCCCCAAAUGACGACCUAUACACGUGGUGUAACAGAGAUGAAUGCGCCACCUCAAACAUAUACAUAUAACAAUGUAGUUGAUAGAUCGUCAUCAAGGGGAAGCGUGAGACCUCAGACGGCAUAUAUACAUAACAAUGAAGUGAAUAGACCAAUAGUGAGGAGUGGGAAUGUGAGGCCUUACACAAUGCAUGAGUCAACAAGAGAGAGUGGGACACCUCCAAUAACAACCUCUACAAGUAAUGAAGUGAAUGAAUCAGACCUAGAGGCUUCGGGCGGAGAAGCACCUUCGAGGAAUUCACAACAACGCAGAUAUAAUCCUUUGGAUUUAUUACGAUGA